UCUAUUAAAUAUAGGACAGAAAAAGUACAUAAUACCACAAGUGCAGCCAGUGUGCCUGGCGAGUGUGCCUCUGUUCUAGGCCCUCCCUGCAUAUUUCAGAUAUUUUAUGACGGUGGAGAAUCAGGUAUUUUGAUUCGUUUCUGGUUCUCCUUGGCCACGGCUUCGUCUUCGCUCCAGGUGUUGGGAGGAAAAACAUGUAACGUGCUGCUGGGCAAAAAAAUUCAAACAUAUUAAGCGCAACUGUGAAAGCGAGAAGUCUUUUUCCUUGACUUCUGGCCUUUUGGUUUUUUGUGCGGUUGUCACAAGAGAAGCGAGGAUGAGAGGCCCACUGCAGCUGCUCACGGGACUGAUGGUCAUCACGGCUUGCUCCCAGUCGCUCUGCGCUUCAGACAUUUGCAGUGUGGAGGUGGCUGGUCUGCGGGAACACGAGAGGCUUCUGAAGGGCCAGCUUCAGAGACAAGAACUGCUCCUACAGAGAUUACAAUAUUGGGACCAACCGGCCGACACGAACCAAGCAAGAGUGAACCAGAGCCAGGACAGGGAGUACACAGACUGCUCCCAGCUCUUCACGUCUGGCUUCAAAUCCAGUGGUUUCUACAGAAUCAAAAGCAGCAGAGUCUACUGUGAUAUGAGUGAAGGAGGUGGUUGGACCGUCAUACAGAGACGGGUCAAUGGAACAGAGACAUUUAACAGGUCAUGGGUGGAGUAUAAAGAUGGUUUUGGAGACAUGAAUGCAGAGUCGGGAGAGUUUUGGCUCGGAAAUGACAACCUGCAUCACAUCACUGCACAAGGAAAUUAUUCUCUGAGGAUUCACCUGGAAGACUUUGAGGGCGGCCAGCGCUACGCCGAGUACAAGAACUUCAGAGUGGCCGACGAAAAGGAUCACUACCGACUCGCGUUCGGAGCCUACGCGGGGACAGCCGGCGAUGCUCUGUCUGGAAGUUUUCAGGUCGGUGUGUCAGAGUGGGCCAGUCACCAGGGCAUGAAGUUCAGCACCUACGACCGGGACAAUGACAACUACAAGGGAAACUGCGCCCAGGAAGACGAGGGAGGCUGGUGGUUCAACAAGUGUCACUCAGCCAAUCUGAAUGGCCUAUACUACCCCAGCGGUCACUACAGCGCAGUGACGGACAACGGUGUGGUGUGGUACACUUGGAGAGGCUGGUGGUAUUCCCUGAAGUCCAGCGUCAUGAAGUUGCGACCCACCGACUUCAAAAUUGACCCCGCCGACGACCCCAACGCUGUCAAUCGCGGUCCACCGUCCUAGAGCGGACACGAGCGGAUAUCAAAUCUUUGUUGUGGGGCACAAACAAUUUGUCAAGCCGAUUACAGUCACAUUUACAUUUAAAAACACACUAAAACCAAUAGACUGUAAAUAAAGAUGGAUGAUGCGUCUCCACUUCCCUACCUUUGUACAGAAACGAAGCCAAAAUAUCCUUGAACUGGAGCCUCCACAAUCCCUACUGGGUCAGUCUCAGCAGUCAACCAUGACACUUCACCCCAUUUCUUUAGCAUCAAAUAACUACUUAAAACCACACUUAUCAGAAACAGCUUGAUAAGAACUUCCUAAAAUGACAGAAACCAUCCAUGUCCCAUCUGCUAACACGGUAGAGGCGGGGUUUAUGACCUAUACUGCAGCCAGCCACCAGGGGGCCAUCAAGAUGUUUUGGCCAUCUGUAUAUACAUACAAGUCUAUAACUUUUAUCAUCCUCUCAAUCCCACACUGACCCGUUGUCAGACAGUCAGUAAAUGAAGCCAAGAUGAACCAACGAUUCAAUCGUCCAUAUACGUCUGAAGUGGUGAAUGAAACUAGGUAUUUUAACAUUAUAGUGGAAACUUUAGGCAGCUUACAUAGCAACAUAUAUGUGUAAUAGGUUGCUUUGCGUCAUCAGGACUUGUGAAACUGUCUGACUGUUUGAGACGAGAAUGUUGCAAUGGGAAGUCGCAUGCACACGCAGCAAAAAGGGAAAUCCUAUGUUUGUGUGUAUGUGUCAGAGAGACACAGAGAGAGAACCAUCAGACUGAAAAGGUGAAAUCAGUCAUAAUCACGUCACACAAAAACAAAAGUUCUAUAUAAUAAAAGCAGCAUUUCAACCGUUUUAUCAAUAGCAUGGACUGAGCUGAGCUCAGCACUGCUCAUUUGCCCAGAUGUUAAAAAGAUGAACAUGCAUUAAAUUGUCUAUGUAUCAUGAACAACGGAAAUAAAAUAUUCCUUUAUUAUA